AUGGCGAUUUCACGUCUCUAUACACUCUUCCUCAUCUCAAUCAUCUUCUUCUCAAUCAAAUCACACAACAGCAAAGCCAAAGAAGAAGAAGAAAACACACCAAUCAAUCGAUUCCAACGAUACUUGCGAUUCAAAACUGCUCAUCCAAACCCAAACUACACACCACCAAUCACUUUCCUCAUCGAACAAGCUCAAUCAAUCAAUCUCACUUCUCGUACAAUCGAAUUCGUAUCUGGUAAACCUGUGUUAAUCAUCACAUGGGUCGGAUCAAAACCUAAACUUCCAUCGAUUCUAUUAAACUCUCAUCUCGAUUCAGUUCCUGCUGAAUCUGAGAAAUGGAUUCAUCAUCCUUUCUCAGCUCAUUACUCCGAUGAUGAUGGUAAGAUCUACGCUCGUGGUGCUCAGGACGAUAAGUGUAUCGGAGUUCAGUAUCUAGAAGCGAUUAGGAGCUUGAAAUCGAGAGGAUUUGUUCCUAUUCGUACUGUUCAUAUCUCUUAUGUACCUGAAGAAGAGAUCGGUGGAUUCGACGGGAUGAGUAAGUUUGCAGGUUCACCGGAGUUUAUGGAGCUUAAUGUUGGUUUCGCUAUGGACGAAGGUCAAGCGAAUCCUGGUGAUGAAUUUAGGGUUUUUUACGCUGAUCGGACUCCAUGGGAGCUUGUUAUUAGAGCUGAAGGAGUUCCAGGACAUGGUGCUAAGCUUUAUGAUAAUGGAGCAAUGGAGAAUUUGAUGAAGAGUGUUGAGUUGAUCUCUAAGUUUAGAGAGACGCAAUUCGAUUUCGUUAAAGCUGGGAAAUUUGCUAAUUCUGAGGUUAUCUCUGUGAAUCCAGUUUAUCUUAAAGCAGGAACUCUUUCUACUAAUGGAUUUGUGAUGAUGAAUAUGCAACCUUCAGAAGCUGAAGUUGGGUAUGAUUUGAGGUUACCUCCAAUGGCAGAUCCAGAUGUUAUGAGAAAAAGGAUUGCUGAAGAAUGGGCACCUGCUAUUCGGAACAUGACCUAUACGAUAAAAGAGAAAGGAAUGUUAAGGGACCAUUUAGGGAGACUUAUAAUGACUCCAGCAAAUGAUUCCAAUCCUUGGUGGUCUAUCUUCAAGCAAGCUGUUGAAGCAACUGGAGAAAAACUCGCAAAACCUGAAAUUUUGGCUUCAACUACAGAUGCACGCUAUAUUCGUGCUUUAGGGAUUCCCCUUUUUGGUUUCUCUCCAAUGAGGAAUACUCCUAUCUUAUUGCAUGACCAUAACGAGUUCCUCAAAGAUACUGUGUUCAUGAAAGGAAUAGAAGUAUAUGAAUCGGUUAUCAGCGCUCUAAGUUCAUACGAGGGAGUAUCUGAUCAAGUGAUUUGA